ACCAAAUAUUACAAUAUUAUCUUCUUCUUUAAUUUCUCCCUCAAUUUAGUACCUCAAAAAAGAAAACCAUGAGAACUAUGGUUGAUUUAGGAAAGCAAAGAGGUCGUCAUCACAUGCAAACCAUACAUACUGCGACCACCGUCGACUGCGCUAGUGAACUCCGUCACCGAAGAACUCUCCGUUCAUUCAUCGAAUGCAUGCUCCCAUACUGUUGCACUUACCAACAACCUUCUCCUUCAUACCAAAACGACACCGUUUCAGUCUCUUCCUCUUCUUCGUCCUCUUCCUCUUCAGACCACUCCUCGUCCUCGUCCCAUAGUAACAGCAUAGUUAGUGGAACUUUCUUCGGCCACCGUCGUGGAAGAGUCAGUUUCUGCCUCCAGGAGGACGCCGCCGUGGGAUCUUCGCCGCUUCUCCUCCUUGAACUAGCUGUUCCCACGGCGGCUUUAGCCAAAGAGAUGGAUCAAGCAGGUGUUCUACGCAUAGCCCUCGAGUGUGACCGUCGUCGAAGCACAAACAGCCGCAACAGUCGAGUGUCGUCGAUCUUUGACGUUCCUGUGUGGUCGAUGUACUGCAACGGAAGGAAGAUGGGGUCUGCUGUGAGGAGAAAGGUGACGGAGAACGACGCCGUUUUCUUUAAGACGAUGCAGUCUGUUUCGGUCGGAGCUGGAGUUGUGCCGUUGGAUGAGGAGGAGCAGACGCUUUACUUGAGAGCCAAGUUCGAGCGAGUCACUGGGUCGAGUGACUCGGAAUCGUUUCAUAUGAUGAAUCCUGGUGGUAGUUAUGGACAGGAGCUUAGUAUAUUUCUUUUGAGAUCGUGAGAUUGAGUAUAAUGGGUUUAGAUUAUAAUAAGUUUCUUGUCUUCUUACUGUUUUUUUUCUUAGUUCAUGUACAUUGUAAAGUAAAACUACCAAAAUGGUAUAAUAUGUCUAUGCAAUUUAUCA